AGUAUCAGUCGCUUACUGGUGUCAUUUGAAGAAACAUCGAAAGAUUUGUUUACGUAAAAAUACUUGAAGAUGACAAAAAUGUACAUCUUUCUUGUCAUUUUGAGUUUUGCACUACACUGUUCCUGCAACUCAAUUGUGCCUUUCAUCAAAGCUUGCAACUUGAUCGAUGAAGAUUGUCUCCUGACCGCUAACAUGCAAAUCGCUUUCCCGUAUAUUGCCGAUGGGAUUCCCGAGAUCGGUGUCCCACGAACUGAUCCCAUGAAUUUCGAAAACAUCACAAUGUGGACAGAACAAAAUAGUUUCAGACUCACAUUGCCCUAUUUGCAAAUACGCGGUGGAAGAAGGUGUAAAGUCGUUGAGUUUAGACAACUCCGCGAUCAAUCGGCUUUAAAACUCAUCGUUGAUUGUCCAUUGCUAGGAACUGGUACAUACAAAUUAAAUGGAAAAAUGCUAAUAUUCAAUGUUGAUAAGGAAGGUGACUACAGAAUGCAGACAAAUUCUAUGAGGACAACGAUUACAGCUAAAUUUGAUAACACCCGUAUAAAUGGAAAGAACUACUGGAAACUUUUGACUUAUGAAUUUUUCAGUGAGCCAACUGAAUCCAUGAAAUUCGACUUGGGUGGUCUCUUUUCUGGCGACCUUGAGAACGUUCAAUCAUUAAUGAAUGACUUCAGCAAGGAUAAGACGACUAUCUUGCAAAUCGGCGAGCCCAUCGAGAGCAGCAUUGUCAAGAACCUUUUCAAUGCCCUCAAAGUCUUCUUCAAUAGAGUGCCAAUUGAUGAGUUUCUGCAGCAUUAGAUUUCAAUUUCUAGACUACUUUACACAAUAAAUAUUAUCUGAACAUUA